AAAAAAUUGGUUGGCAAAAGCGGAUAUUAGAAUUUGGGUCUUGUCAACAUGGACGACGAUGAAUUACAAGCUAUAAGGGCACGUAGAUUGGCCGAGCUACAAGCUCAACAGGGAGCUCCAAGCGGAUCGCCAAGAACCGCUGCACCAUCUGGAUCUGGAUCAGGAAACAAGGAAGAUGAACAGCAAAAAAGCGAUAUGGAAGAAAUGCGCAGGACAAUGCUGGUUCAGAUUCUCGAUAAUGAUGCAAGAGAGCGAUUGGCAAGAAUCAACAUGGUGAAGGCUGACAAAGCACGCGCUGUGGAAGAUUUACUUAUUCGCAUGGCGCAGUCAGGUCAACUUCGAAGCAAGGUGUCUGAAAAACAGCUCAUCGAUCUCCUGGGUCAAAUUAACCAACAGGAUUCUGGAGCAUCGCAAACCAAAAUCGUGUACAAUCGUCGUCGAUUCGAUGACGAUAGCGACGACGAUUACGAUUUGUAGGAACAUGAUCAAUGUUAUUUUUUUAGUUUCAGGUCAUAAAAAGCUUUUAUUCAUCAAGCUACUGAGUAUAAAUCGCAUAUGCAACAGCAAUUUCCACGCAUUUCCAUCGAUGGCUGUAAGGCGCCAUCGAGUGAAAAAAUAAAAUAAAGAACAUUCAUCCAGUGGAACAAGCUUUAAGGCACCAGUGUUCCAUCAGAUUCAUCUGAAUUUGGCGAUUUUUAUUUCCGGAGAAUCAAUACCAAGUACACAAGAUUAUGUGCUUUGUGUUGAGUAUUGUGGAAA